AUGCACACGAUAAUAGCUUUAAAAUAUUUCCUUGUAUAUAUAUUGUGUUUUUACUCACGGAAUCUUGCACAAUCUCGACAUCCCGGGGGAUAUGGUGGCAGAUAUAGAGGUGCCCAUGAGGUAGAUAGGUUUAACUACCUCAAAGGAGACUUUGAAGUCACCUCAGUCAACCUCGAUGUGACGACUAGUACUAAUAAAAUCCAUUACAGAUACGAUACGGCAAACGAUGAGCACGUUUACACUGCCAGAAGGCCGUAUCUAAUCUAUAAGGUUAGAGACAAUUAUGAGGUUUUCUGGGUAUGCAAUGACGGAAACUACGCGAUGAGGGUGGUCCUCACGCGAAAUGAAGAUGACGAGGAGGUAAUAAGACUGAUAUAUCCAACCGAUUUCCCGGAAAGUAGACAGGAUCAGAGCCCAGAGCCGAAACCGGCUCCCAAACCACGUGGGCAAACGCGAAGAGAUAAACUGUACCCGUACUUGACAGUACUAAAUUUAAGAAACAGACAUUGUACACAAUUAAUAGAAUACGAGUAUGAUCAGGCGAAAAACACACACACAUUCACAGCAGUAUCGCCGUACCGCUUUGGCAUUAUAACGAAGGGUACUGCCAUUGAGUGGGAGGCGAAAACGCCAGAGUUCCCAGAUAAAGUCUUCAUUUUUCCCGACGGCAUCCGAGGGUACAUAAUGAGGCUGUUCUUCCCGCCUCACGCCAUGGAGCGCGGAUUUCCUCCAAUGGUCCCUGUUGCGCCUGAGAAAAUUUCAGCGCCAGUUGAUGGAAAGCCUCCAAAACCUAAAUUAAAAGCCCAUGUCGAGCUCAACGUAGAACACAGAAGGUCAACGGACAUGUUCGAUUUCAUUGAGGUCAAGGAUAAAAUGACUUUCUGGAAGAAAACGUACCACUACACAGCCAAGGAGGAUUACAAGUUCAACGAAGUUAGGGAGAACAUGAUCACGUUGUGGAAGGCCAAGUCUGACGAGGUAGCAGACAAGGUUAGCUUUACUAGGGUAAUUUACGGAUACGACGAGAUUGUGAUUCACAUUGUCAACGGGCCCAAGGUGAAAUUCCUGAGGACCAGCAACCCUUUGUCUGUAGGAGACUGGCGCGAGGACCACACCUUCUAG